CGGCAAUUAUCCCGGCCCCGCCCCCCACCCCGCGCGGCCGCGCUCCCUCCCUCCGCCGCCAAGCCCCGCAUCAUCCUCACGCUCGACGACUUCGGCGCAGUCGGCGACGGCGUCGCGGACGACAUCAAGGUUCGCCAACGCUGCUGCUCAGAAUAAUCAGCCGCAUCUGGGUCCUCCUCCUACCUGUGCCUAUUUCUUUCUCGAUGCCUUCGCCGGCUCCUGGACGGCCGCGUGCGCCGCCGCAGACAACGUCAUCCUCAACAUGCCCGCCGGCAAGACCUUCCGGAUCUGGCUGCUCACGCUCACCGGGCCCUGCAGCAGCGAGAUCAAGCUGCUCCGUUCGAGCUUAAUUUCGUUGCUAGAUCAGUAGAUAUGCUUGGGCAUUAGUGCCAUGGCUCCGCAGUACCAAGCCGUGACACUGAUUGCUUCUCCGUCUUACCCAAAUGCCAUUGCUUGGUCAAGUGACAAUUUGGUGGCUGUCGCAUCUGGUCACAUUGUCACUAUUCUGAACCCAGCUGCGCUUGACGGGCCUCGUGGAGUGGUUGGACUUCGUCGCAGUGAUCCUUUUCCUAUAGGAGUGGUUAACAGAGAAGAUCUCUUUGAGCCAUGUUUAGUGCCCACUUGCCUAGCUCGUGAUGCCGAACCAUGUGCCCUGUCAAUUUCAUGGUCUCCGCAAGGAUUUGCACCUAAUUCUGGAUGUUUGCUGGCUGUUUGCACUGUGGAUGGCCAUGUGAAGCUUUACCGGUCACCGAUUUGGGAAAUUUGUGAUGAAUGGGUUCAGGUUGCAGAUCUAUCACAAUUGCUGUUUAGCUACUACAAAACUAUAAACUUUGGAGAGGAUAAUGGUUCUCAUUUGACUUCUCUGAAGAAUAUAAAUACCGAAGAGACAGAGGUUUUAGGUUCUACAUGUGAAUUGCAAGAUCCUCUUUCUCGCAGGGAUCCUGGACAGAGAAAAAGAAAACCACCAAGAGUUGACGAUUAUAUUUAUGAUGGCAACAAAGAUGAUUUAGAUGCUUCAAAUGAUGCAGACUUCUCAUUGAAACCAUGCUCUAAGUCAAAGAAGAAGUCUUCGAAAAAGACUGCAAAACAUGGACAGGAACCUGUUUCUGUAAAUGGACAAGGCAGCACAGGAAAUUCCAAAGCAUCAUUGUCCUCCAAUGGAGGGAACAAAUCUCUUCCUCUUAUCACGGCAAAGCAGUAUGCUUGCCGUGAUGCAUGUUUGUCUUCCCUUGUUGUUGCAUGGUCUCCACUCGUGUCAUCAAGUGAUAAAAUUUCUUGUUUAUUGAGGCAUUGGUGCGUUCUUGCUGUGGGCUCCAAGUCUGGAAACGUGUAUUUUUGGAAACUAUAUAAGCCAGAAUACUACACAAUAGAUGCUGGCGUGGUUAACAGUGAUCCGAUGCUCAUUGGGGUUUUGCAAGCUCAUAAAUCAUGGGUCAGUGCCAUAACCUGGGAAGUUUCCUCUGAAGGCUCUUCAACAUCCUCGCUGCUUUUAGCAACUGGAUGCUCAGACAGAAGUGUGAAGAUAUGGUUGGCGAAUAUUGAAGGUUUAAAUAGAUGCACAAAUGCAGAAGAAGUGCCUUUUGCAUUAGUUGCUGAGGUAACCACUGAUUUGUCAGCUCCAGUAUCAGCAAUUUCAUUAGCUGUACCUGCUGGGUCUCAGUACGAGGUUAAUUUGGCGAUUGGACGAGUAUCUGGGUCACUGGAAACAUGGACGUGGAAUACGUGUAGCUCCAAAAUUGAGAAUACCAAUGCAUGCCAUGCACAUGAUCAAGUGGUUUAUCGUGGGGUAUGGAUGGCUAUUGUUUAUACAGCUGCAGUCAGUUUGAGGGUUGAAGUAAAGCAGCAACCGGAGACGUGGGAUCUGUGUAAAAAAUUACUUGAGCUGAAGUAUGAAUUGACUACUUGCGUCAGCUAUGGCUGCACUUGGUUUCUUGAUAAUUCUGCACGCUGUUGGAUCUAUAACGGAAACCACCUUGAAGAAAUUCCCGUGCAUACAAAUUUUCCGGAGUCAAAAGAAUCAACAGAUCUAUCAGAAGUCUCUGAUCGAUGCUUUGGUCUUACACUAGCACCUGGAGGACAAAUGAUUGCUGUUGUCCGUGGUUUGGAUCUGAACGUUUUAGACCAGAUGUAUCAAGCCAGGACACAAAAGGCGGUGGUUGAAUUCAUUUGGAUUGGUGGUCAAUUUGUUGGUAUUCCACUAGACAGGAGCAUUGAUGUUUGCAAUCCACAGUCCACCAUCUUAUCCUCCAGUAACUUUUUGUGGUGGGGAUCCAACAUUUUGUGGUCGUUGAAGAAAUACGAAAAUGUUGAAAAGGGGCUUGCCUUAUGGGAUGUUGUAGCUGCGCUACAAGGGUUCAAGAAAUAUGCACCCAGCUUUCUGGAGACUUUGAUGGAUAUGUGGAUCUCAGCUUUAUUUUCAGGUGAUCCACAGUGUGUUUCUAUCAAUGCUCCAUCAUGUUCAAGGCAUGACAUGCUGCCCAGUGUCAGUUUGCGGAAGCUACACUUACUGAACAUAAUUUGUAGAAAAGUAAUGCUCAGCAAUCAUGUGCAGCUUGGUCCUGAUGCUGAAAAUGGUAAUGACUCGAAAACUGAGUUCUGGAACACUCUUUUGAUAAGGAGUGAGAGAGAGCUUCGCGAGAGACUGGUGGGUUUCACCUUUGCUGCAGUCCUGAAACGGACAGCAUAUUCGUUCAAUGGUACCUCUACUGAAAACAGCUGGUUUCCUGUUGGAGUCGCCCAAAUGGAUUCUUGGGUAUCUAUGAAUGAUGGAGAAGUGCAUAACCAGCUCAAGUAUCUCAUAUCUAGGAUCAAAGAUCUAGGAAACAGGAUCAACUCCGCAUGUGGAUACUCCGUCGAAGAAAUCUGCCCCUACUGCUCUGCACCGGUCCACUUCGAGUCGGCCGAUGUAGCCAUCUGCCGAGAAAGGCACACGUUGACGCGGUGCAGGGCGUCCGUGAUCCUGUGCUCCGUCCUGCAGCCGGUGUGGCAUUGCGUAUGCUGCGGAGGCAUGGUCGACAAGCUGCUGCCGCAGUCAUUCUUCGCCAUGCAGGCGUCCCCUUUGGAUGCCGACCAAGACGAAGGAUCGCCGGAUCUGUCAGGACCCGCUGUCCCUCUUUGCCCCUUCUGCGGCGUUCUGCUGCAGAGGUCGACGCCGGCGUUCCUGCUGUCCACCUCGCCGGUGUAGAGUUUAGCGAUCAGCUGGCACUGGCAGCCUCUGUAACCUUAGUACAUUAUGGCUUAGUAAGUACUAGUUCUUCCCUAGUUUGAGGCUGCUUGUGUUGGCUAUGAAAAUGUAACCCUCUGCCGAAAUAAGCACGCCAUUCGUGGCACCUGGCACGAAUGCUCGUGCUUGGCUUGGUCCGUCCAUGUAACUUUUGGUAACAAUUAUUUUGGCCGGUGGUGUAACUCUAAAUAAUGGGAGAUUUGUGUGCAAUAAUUGACCAACAAUUGUGA